GUUCAAGGUUCACUUCUGCUAUGGUUUAUUGUUGAAGUUGGGGUUUAUGUUUAGUGUUGGGAAUUAGAAUCAGUUAAUAAAUACCGUUCCAUAAGCUGUAAAUCCUUCCUCUUUCAUAGUCCUUGACCUAACCAUAGUUCUAAACCAUCGUCUCAACCAUUUUCUUAAACCCGACCAUGACAGCCCUCUCUGCAUUGUCAGGUUUAUUUAUUGUAGACGAAAGGAUGAUGACCGACGUUAGACUUUUAACGUUAACUAUGUGUAAGUAUCUGAAUCUCUACAUAGGCCAAUUAAUUGUUUGAAUCGUUUUAUUCGGUGGCAGGUUUCAAGGAUUAGCUACUGGGUUAAAAAAAAACCUGUUUAGCAUUAGUAAUUUUUUUGUUUUGGCGUUUGAACCUGCGUGUUGCAUUCUUCGAGUUGUUUGUUCUUGUCUAAAGAAUUAAAAGGUCACUUCAGGUUAAGGAAUCUUCAUCAGCAUAAUACAUUCAAAUUAGAUUUCUUAAUUGGCGGUAAAGCAGAGUGGACAGGUCUCAAUUCUCAAGUCGUACUAUGUAAGACAUUCCUAAUUUCUUUCGACUCGUUCAAAACUAUUUCAUUCCCGAAUUCUCAGGAGCUUACAGCCUCGUUUAGUUCCAAUUGUUAAAAUAUAUUCAAAUAAUCUCUGAAUUCCUAUGCUUACUGCUGCGGAAUACUAAUCCUGCAUGUGAUGCUAUCAUUUAGUUUGAUUACGUGUUCAAGAAGCACUUUAUUUAUACCUGUUCGGUAUCACUUGUACAGGAAGAGUUAUAUACCACCGAUACUUGAGCCCGGUGCGUAUCCAUUUCCGAAACGUCAAGUACCAGAGUGUGGUCAAAAAACGUAUGAAGAAAGAAUUCAAGAAUUAGCUGUGAGACCUACAGAUCUUUCAUCGUUGGGACCCGUUGACAUUGGAUUACCGUAUGUUUGCCCUAAAGAAUCAGCAGUAUUUUCAAAGAGACUGGAUCUAGAGCAUCAAGCUCGUAAAAGAACACUACAAGUCCCGCUUGACGUAAUUCACUCACCGUCUGAAGAUCACCAGGCCCCAGUUCGUCGACUAAAUAUCGCUCAGCAUUACGGUAUCUUCAACUCACUUUUUGGACCGCCUCAUAUCUUUUUUCCUGUUGUGAAUUUCGGUAUCGAAUAUUUUAAACCAGAAGAUGGUGAGCCUAAUAUUUCAGACAAGAGUAAAUGUAAAGAUGAUCAGUCAACUACGCAUGUACAGCCUGUGUUUUGUGGGAAUCUAAUAUCUGCCAAUAUAGCUAUGAAUUCCCCAUAUAUUGACUUGUCUACAGCACCAAAUAAUUUCUACUGGACUCUGUUGAUGACAUGUCCGGACGAACCAAUAGGCAGUGAAAGCUGCAAAUCACCUAAUGAAUAUAUUCACUGGAUGAUUACAAACCUACAGUCGAUGCCAGGAAGCACUGAUGCUGGUGAUGAGAUUAUUCCGUAUAUGCCUCCUUUACCAUACCAAGGGACUGGUUAUCAUCGUUAUGUAUUUGUCCUUUACCGACAAGAUCGUGGAAAAAUUGAUUUAAAUCAGUGGAGAAAGGGGAAUCCCAGUGAAUGGGAUGUGCCAUCUGAACGCGGCUUCAGCACACUAGAAUUCUAUCGAAGUUUACAAGACGAAAUAACUCCCGCCGGUUUAGCAUUUUUUCAGUCAAUAUGGGAUGAAAGUGUGCGAUCUUAUUUUCGUCAUAAACUUAACGCACCAGAACCUGUCUUUGAAAUUCAAUUACCAGAUGCUCGUUUGCCACCUCAAGAGAAAUUUCCAGUUGCUGAUACAUGGACAAAACCUCGUCGUCAUCCUCAUGGUAUUCCUCUGAUAAGGGAAAGAUAUGGUGUGCACAGUGAUGUGUCAUUCGAUGUAUACUUGGAUCGUUAUCGAGAUCGAAAAGAAUUAUACGAGGAGAUAAUUCACGAGCGAUUAGCAAAUGAAGGUAAUCCUCUUGAUCCGGAAGAACCUCGCCGUAAAACCUAUGAGUAUCCAGCUGCUGUUCCGAUUCCUCCGGGGAUGCCUAGUUGGUGGGUCAAACAGGAAAUGCAACGUCGCCUACGUCGUGGUAGGUGGAGAGAAUUGAACGGACAUGAUGAUUAAUUAUCAAUCAAUGACAAAUCAAUAACUUUAGUUUAAGCCCAUGUACAGCCGCGAUUAUAAUAAAUAUGUUUUUUACUGAGCA